UUUCCCUUUCCCACUAUCAUUCCUACAACAAACAUGGCCGCUAAGUCGGAUGGAGCAGCCGUGUCUGAGCAGAGUGAGACCCCGUCUCGGUGUCUGGUCGGACCCGAACAACGCCCAACCCUGUACCGGUAUGUCGGAACGCCGUACACGCUCGUGGACUGUUGUUGGGUGCUAUGCGCUCUCCUUGUCUUUUUCUCCGACGGGGCCACAGACCUGUGGCUGGCUGCGGACUACUACCUGAGGGGGAACAAUUGGUGGUUCUGGCUGACGCUGCUCUUCGUCGUGGUUCCCUCCACCGUGGUCCAGGUGUUGAGUUUCAGGUGGUUCGUGUAUGACUACACAGAGCUAAGCGGGACAUCCAGCGGGGCAGGUCCUGCGGCGUGCGGAGGUGAUUUCAGCACCAAGGGCAGCGAUCAACGGAGCACCGGCAAUGCUGCCGGGGCCAGUUCGCUGCCCGCCACGGGCACACUGAGCAGCACCCGGAGGUGCUGCAGAGUCUGCAUGUGGAUCUUUCAAUCCGUCAUUCACAUCCUGCAACUGGGGCAGGUCUGGAGGUAUGUUCACGUCCUGUACCUGGGCGUGCAGAGUCGCUUCCAUGGCGACCUGGAGCGGCGGCACUUCUACUGGCGCCUGAUGUUUGAGAGUGCCGACAUAAACAUGCUGCGGCUGCUGGAGGCCUUCCUCAAGAGCGCCCCCCAGCUGGUACUGCAGCUCAGCAUCAUGAUCCACGGCAACCAGAUCCUGCCCCUACAGGGCCUCUCUGCAUCUGCCUCUCUGGUAUCUCUGGCCUGGAUGAUUGCCUCCUACCAGAAGGUGCUGCGGGACUCGCGUGACGACAAGCUGCCCAUGUCCUACAAGGCGGUCAUCGUGCAGAUGCUCUGGCACCUGUUCACCAUUGGAGCGCGCACCAUCGCCUUCGCCCUGUUCGCCUCCGUCUUCCAGCUCUACUUCGGCAUCUUCAUCGUGGCACACUGGUGCGCCAUGACCUUCUGGAUCAUCCAGGGCGAGACCGACUUCUGCAUGUCCAAGUGGGAGGAGAUCAUCUACAACAUGGUGGUGGGCAUCAUCUACAUCUUCUGCUGGUUCAACGUGAAGGAGGGCCGCGCCCGCUUCCGCCUGGGCGUCUACUACUGCGUGACGCUGGUGGAGAACACGGCGCUGACCGCCGCCUGGUACCUGCACCGCGGGCCGCACUCGUCCGACUUCUACGCGCUGCUGAUCGUGUGCGUGGUGCUGUGCAGCUACGCCCUGGGCACCUUCUUCAUGCUGGUCUACUACUGCCUGCUCCACCCCGACGGACCCAUGCUGGGUCCGCAGUGGAGCUGCGUGGAGGAGGGCAUGGGGGUGAUGGGGUUGGGCGGGGGCGAGUUCGGCACUGGGGGCACCCCCAUUCCCCAGCAGGACGUGGUGACCAGCCCGCCCAGGACCCUGCAGAGGACUACGAGGGGGGACCGCAGCGUGGACGGGGGGAUGGAGCCAGGCAGUGUGGGCGAUCGGGACAGCUGCCUGCCCGUGUUCCAGGUGCGGCCUCCCAGCGCGCCGCCUUCCGCCCAGUCCCCACGCACGCCACGGCUGGAGGGCCCGGUGAUCCGCAUCGACCUGCCCCGGAAGAGGUACCCGGCCUGGGACGCCCACUUCAUCGACCGCCGGCUGCGCAAGACCAUCCUGGUGCUGGAGAACACCUCGCCGGUCACACCGCGCAUCCAGUACCGCAGCCUCAGCAACCCCAAGGAGGUGACAGAAUAUGAGACCACAGUGUGAGUGCGCACACACAAAUACCUCCAAGCCGCCAGGGGGCACCAACAAGCCUCCCUUUCAAACACAGGCUCUGAAAGGAGCGCGCAGGGAAACUGAGCUCUGGAGGGACAAGAGGACGCUGGGACAUGUAGUUCUCCGGGGCUGGCCCCUCUGUGCUCCUGUGUCAGACCUGUGCAUGCGAGGGCCCUGGCCAUGGCCGGCACUCUCUUACAGCAGGAGGAGGGAGAGAAGACAGAGGGGCUCAAAAGGUCAGGGGUCAACCUUUGAAGUCACGACCUCUUCUGUAACAAGACUGAGACAAGAACAACCUAAGUGGGACCAUAUCAGGCCCAGCUAAUGAACCAUAUGGAUGACAAACUAUGGAGCUGAGACAGCUACAGUAUAGUGCCAUUGUUGGAUGAUGAUGAUGGUGACUGACUGUGAAGGUGACUGUGGUGGUGCAAGUGAUACUAGUGGUGCUGUUGAUGACAAUGACUGUGUCCAUUUUAAAGAAAACGACUAUAUAGUGUAUGUAAAAUCCAGAGAAGAAUUUGAAUUCUUCACGCCAGUUCUGUUAGAGAGAGCUACCAUUGGCUUCUCGACCUCAGUGUUACAGUGACAUGAAAACAGUUACAGUUGUGUGUCAGUUCGCUUCUGUGAAUGGUGCAAAGAUUUAGCAAUCAUCCUUUUUCCUUGAAUCGAUUCAAUGAUUUGAAUAUUUAUUUUUUUCAUAGAUUUUUUUGAUUUGAUCAUUUUUAUGACUCAGUGACCAUGUCUUUGAUAUGAUUCGUAUGAUGUAAUCAUACGUCUAUAUACAUAUGGAUUUUUCUGUUUGGUGUAUAUACUACAUUUUAAGCCCCUUGUGGGUAAGUAUGAGUGUUUGUUUGAGGUUGUGUGUUUGUUUGAUUGGUCUUGGAAAAUGCUGCCUCAUUUAUAAUAAAGAUAAAGAGCAGAUAAAAAAAAACUAAAUUAAAAGAAAAAAGACGUAAAAUCAAAAGCUGUGAUAAAAAUGUAGAUGGAAAAAAAAGAUAAUGGUAGUAAAAUCGGCUGAGCCAACAGCCUUAAGAAACCCAGAAUCCAUUGUGUG